GCGCAAGCCCUUCCACCCCGCCCGCCCAUCAUAGACUCCUAUUCAUUCCUUCGCCUGAAGAGACGGAGCCGCAGGAGGGAGGCCGCUGCUCGGAAAUGAACGCGGGUCCCCCAGCCCUCUCAACGCCCUCUUGAGCAAACCGGCGAGACAGGAGCGGGGGGCGGGCAGUGGGAUUUUUUAAAAAAGAAAAAAGCAACCCGCGACAACCCCGUUGAGAGGAGACCCGGCGGCGCCUGGGAGCGCGGACUCAGGAGGUGUGUCCCAACCCACGAACCGUAGCCCUCAGAGCCACUCUCCCCGCCCCCUUUCCCGCCACAACCCUGAGGCGAAGGGAGGGGGAGGAGCUUGGCCUUGCGCCUGCGGCGAGGCCAGCGGUGAAGGCUGAGGGAGGAGCCAUAGGGUUGCUCCGCCCUGGCCCCAAAGGGGAGCAGCUAGCCUGCGAGAAGACCAUUGGGCCGUUCCCCGAAGGGGAGGAGCUUGAGAAGUCCCCCCCCCCGCUCAGAAGACGGAGCCUUGGCCUCUGAGAGAGCAGGGGUUCCUAAAGGGGAGGAGCCAGCCUGUGAAGAGGGCCGCCUCCUGGAGGGGAGGGUCUGGGGUUGGACCGCCCCUGAGGAGGAGGAGGAGUCUUGGCCCCUGAGAGGGUGGCGCUUACACAGGUAACCGCCUUCGGGGGGCAGUUGAGCCUCCGCCCCGCCCACCACCCUCAUGAAGCUCCUCCGCCUGCUCUGCCGCCACAAGACGGCCCUCGGCCUGGGCGGCCUCUCUCUCUUCGGCGUGGUGCUGCUCUACCUGGCCAAGUGCACCUCUGAAGGCCUCAAGCCCUCCCACGGCUGGGGGCUUCCACACCAGCAGCCGCUGGUCCGCUCGGGAGGGGCGGGCGGGCCUCACCCCCCAGCCGCUGCCCCACCCCCGCCCCCUGAGGAGACUGCCUUCCUGGCGGUGCUGGUGGCCAGCGGCCCGAAGUACACCGAGCGGCGCAGCAUCAUCCGGAGCACGUGGCUCUCGGCGGCUGGCCGGGCCCCGGGCCGGGACAUUUGGUGCCGCUUCGUGGUGGGCACCGGGGGCCUGGCCGGAGAAGAGCUGCACACUCUGGAGCUGGAGCAGACCCGGCACCAAGACCUCCUGCUCCUCCCCGACCUCCGAGACUCCUACGAGAACCUGACUGCCAAAAUCUUGGCCAUGUACGUCUGGCUCGACCAGCACCUGGACUUCCGUUUCGUCCUCAAGGCCGACGACGAUACCUUUGUCCGCUUGGACGUGCUUGUGGAAGAACUGAGGGCCAAGGAGCCCCGACGUCUCUACUGGGGCUUCUUCUCUGGGAGGGGCCGAGUGAAAUCGGGCGGCAAGUGGAAGGAGAACGCCUGGCUCCUUUGCGACUACUACCUGCCUUAUGCCCUUGGCGGGGGCUAUGUCAUCUCGGCUGACCUGGUCCACUAUCUGCGCCUCAGCCAGGACUACCUCAACAUCUGGCAGAGCGAGGACGUCUCCAUGGGCGCCUGGCUGGCUCCGGUGGAUGUGAAAAGGGUCCAUGACCCUCGCUUUGACACGGAGUAUAAAUCGCGGGGUUGUAACAAUAAAUAUAUCGUGACUCAUAAACAGAGCAUUGAGGACAUGUUGGAGAAACACCAGACUCUGGCCAAAGAAGGGAAGCUAUGUAAAGAGGAGGUGAAACUCCGACUCUCUUAUGUGUAUGACUGGGGUGUGCCUCCUUCGCAAUGCUGUCAGAGGAAAGACGGUAUCCCCUGAAGAAGACUGUAGAUUGAGCGAGAGAAACGGCAACAUGAAAAAGGGGGUGAAUGGAGAUUGGGGUGUGCCACACAGAAAUACCUACCCCCUGUGGCCAGAGAUUUUAAAUUUUAUUUCGAGAUUUCAUAUCGUGUGUGGGGCCAAAGUGUCGAGGGACUCACACCCCUUUAUGUUUCAAAAUGGCACGUUUUCUCUAAAGCCCCAAAUUAUAUACAAGGCGAGUUCAGAGAAAGUUGUGUGUCCAAAAAAAGAAAAGGUACUUUCUGAAAGCAAGAAAUAGGAAUGAGACAACGGUCAAUUAAAACCAAAAAACAUAGAUUUCUUAAAUUUCUGUGCUGGGGUGAUUUCUACACUCUUGGGCCACACUGCAGACUGCAAAGAAAAACUAGUGACUAUUUGACUUUCCCCCCUUUCAGCAUACUUCAAAAGGAUAAGUGCAUUUUGGCCAAUUGGAUUGGCAAAGGAGGACUGUUGUGAUAACAGGAUUGCAAAUCGUUAUCUUGAAUAUUUGACUAGCGCUGUUUCUAAAUGAAGAGACCACUUCUGUAAUUGAUCAGUGGAUGCCCUGGCUAUGGUGUGUUAGAUGUGGGAGAUGUCCAUUCUUGCAGGGAACAUUCUGACCGUGAAAAGUUUAGUGCACUUGGACGGGCUGAAAUCAUUCUGUCACUGGAGCAAAAUCUUUUGGCCUCCUGUCUUGCUGUACAGUGUGUUCCCCGAAUUACCUGCUUGUGACUUAGAAGGAGAGAAACUUUCAUUUGUGCAAAGUAAAGGCAGCUCACUGUAGUGUGGUAGGAUUUUGCUGUGAGCGGAUCACAGAGUCAUUACUUCUUGUGGCCGAACCUACUGGCGUUAAUGCAACAUGACCCCUUUUUAGUGGCUGCUGAAUUGAUCCCUCCUCCCCAAACCUGUAUUUGGAAAGAUGGAUUAUUAUGCAGCCCAUAAAAUUGCCCGAUAUUGACUGGAAAAGAAGUGACUGUUGCUGCUGGUCCUCUCAGUGGAAAUGAUCCAAGAUAUAUCUGUAGGAGUUGAUUGUCAAACAUUGGGGCUGCUUACAUCUGUGCAGAUGAGUUCCUCAAACCACUUCUGCUUUGAACAGGCAAUGGUCCACUCAAGAGGCAGAGGGCUGAGAAGUGCAAAGGAACAUUUCCCUUUUACCACGAUCUUCUAUUGCUUCUCUCAAACCAGCUUCCACAUGUCUACAUUUCCUCCCUGGAGUUUCUGGCCUUAACCCUUGAAGCUGUUCUCGAAUGAUCUCUUAGGUUAUCACAGGUACGGCUGUAAAAUAGUCCUUUAGAUGGGAUUGAGAACUCUGUAGGUCACAUCCAAAGUGUUAAUUAUGAUUAAACAAAAAACAUUUCUUAAAACAGUUUACAUAGCGGAAGGAAAAGAGAAAAUGGUUCCCUGCCCCAAAAGGCUUGCAGUCUAAGAAGAGACACUAGCAACAGCCACUGGAUGGGGUACUGUAUUGGCUCAGUAGGAAUAGUUGCUAUUAUUCAUGCUAAAUAUAAAACAGCCACCCCUUUAAAAGGUGCCCCUUUGCCCAAUUAAUGGAAACAUACCCAAAAUUGUGUUUAAGGUGGUAAUAGCUAGAGGAAGCAGGAUUUCUUAGUUGACAUCUGCUAUCAGGGCAAAGAAUGACACAGGGGUGGUGCAGUAACUCCAUUUGGUCCCUCUCUGGCACCUCUACCUUUCAAAAUCUAGAGCUUAAGAUGCCCAUAUACUUUUAGACAGCUUCUUCCGAAGCCCUCCAGAGUCUUUGGGCAAGAGUGAACUUGGGAAAGCAUGCAUAAGUGAAGAAUCCACAGUAUCCAUGGUCUUGACACUCCCUUUAGGUACAUCUUCCAAUGGCCUGUAGUCUUUUGAAAAAGAAAAUAACAAUUAACUUUGCUGUAAGGCCUGCGCAGCUUGUGACCUACCAAGCUGAAGGUAGCUCAAGAGCCGUGUGCUAUGGCCUGCAAACUGUUUAAUCCUCCUCAACACCCUGUUUUUGCAGUCUGAGGCCGAUGCAAAAACAGAGUCUUUCUCUGUGGGCCUGGUUGGUCCCCCCCAUUCAUGAUUUCUGGUCUGUCUCCAGGGCAUCGCCAGUUGUGCGGGCGUUUACCGUAAGGGCAGUCCCGAUUGCGAAUAAAAUGAUCUGUUUACAGUGGUGAUAACUUAUUUAUAAAUAUUGUAAAUGUACUGUGUAUAAUUGCAAGCGGGAAGACCCGCCGCGCGGCAUGGCAAUUUCUAAAUUAUUGAAAGGAGUGUGUCAGAGCUCAUGAGUGUUCCUUCUCAAACGCCUUUGCCACUGUACAGUUUAUUAUUUAAAUUCUCUGGGGCUGAGUUUUAAUCCCAGACUGGAGCUUGUAAAAAGGAUGUCCCAAGCGCUGCUUUCGUCAAAACACCAAUGCUUCUGAAAGUCAUUUCUGUUGUCACUUCCUUUUCGAAGAAGAAGUAAAUACCUCUUAUCUCCUUCCCCGUAACUCCUGCGUGGUGAUUAGAUCUGAAGCUUCAGAAGAAAUGGAAAAUUGCCAAAUGAAAUGUGACAAGGGGAAGCUCACGUGAGCACUGCUGAUAGCCGAGAGGCUUUUUAUAGACAUCCGUGCGGUUGUCAGAUACCUGAGUUGGAAGGAUUAGAGCACCCUUUCUGCAUCAUGUGAACUCAGUGGGCCUCGGCAUGGAGAGGGCAUUUGACUUCUUGGGAACGGCCCCGGCAGGCGUUUCAACAUGUUAAUUUAUAUAAUGGUGCAUCGACGGUAUAUUCUUUAACAGGCUGGAUUUUGCCGCCGCCGCUAAACAUUUAUGUAAUACCAGUAUUUACGUUGUGCAAUUCUGUUAGAAUGACAAAGGACACCAUUAGAAAACCGCGGCAUUCAGAACACAAGGCAGGCCGUGGAUGUAAUUUCAUGUGUUUAUUUAUGUGGUUCGACUGCUUGGAUCCCCAUCUUUCGCAGCACUGCAGGUAACUGACGAAAUUCCUGUCCCUUGCAGUCUGAGUCAAGCUCAGCGUAUAAAAUCCAAUGCAAAGCCA